CGUAUAUCCGCGCGUAAGUCAUGGAUUUAUUUGAUCAGGCAACAUCCACUGACCAUAGUGCAGGGUCGCCCUUGAUUUCUCUGGUUAAUAUUUUGGCCGUAUCAUAUCUUUCGGAGUAUUACAGCGUUUGUGUUGUCAAACCAAAGGAAGAGUUUGUGAUAAUCGAUGUGGAAAUUUCAACGAUGAUUAUAAUCGUUGAUGAGCGAUUUAAUCAAACAUUGUUGCAAGGAAUCGAGCAUGGAUGUCAGGCGUUCAUUGUCUUUCAACAGGUAGCACUGUGGCCAUUUUUGGACUCGUUCCUGGACGUUCACGACGACUCCGAUCAAAGAUCCUCGAGGAAAAAGUUGAUUGUUGUGAUAGAUUCGACAAGCCCGGAGAUCUUCGAAAGAUUUUGCAAUCAUCCUGCUGUGAAAGACCUUCCGGAUGUCCUGAUUGUUGUAGCAUCUACAGAAAAUGAAACAAUGCAGUUUUACACGACUGAAAUUUCUGGAGAUGGGACUAGGGGCAAUGUAUUGGUCCGAAUGUUACCCGUUACUCCACCGGAUUAUUUUUCCAAUAAAAGUAAGAAUAUGAAAGGUGUGCCGAUAAGAUUUCAAACGUUGAUGUACCCACCGUUUACGUAUUAUGCUGAGACUACGCCUGAAAAUGCAAACGCCAGAAAGGAUCCCCGAUACUACGAGGAUGAUACACCCAUAUUUAUUGAUGGAACCGAGCCUCGUUUGCUGGUUGAGUUCUGUCAACGAAAGAAUUGUACUAUUGAUGCAUAUUUUGAUGAAGUCGGUUUAUGGGGAGGUGUUUCUGAAAACCGUACUGGGACGGGGAUUCUCGGCGCAGUUGCUACACGUCGGGCUGACUUUGCGGUAGCUGCUAACUAUUACUGGCUUGGUCCAUACCGCUUCGCCACCUACUCCGAGGUCAUCAGCCGCUCUGGACUGAUUGUGUUGGUCCCGAAACCAAACAUAGUGGCCCCUUGGCGUACCCCGUUUCUGUCGUUUUCCAAAAGUCUCUGGAUGGCAGUGGCUGUUGCAUUUUCGGUCGGCGUUUGUGCAGUAUGGUUGAUCGAGAAGGGUCGCUCGCACAUCGUGGGAUCAUCCAGGGGACACCCAAAAAGCCUCAGCGAUUCUUUUCUCACUAUGAUCGGGUUCUACAUGGAACAGAAUGCCUUCAUGAGGAACGAUCUGAUGGCUUGUGUUUUCCUGUUUAGUGCUUUGCUGUUUGCUGGCUUUAUGGUAGGAAACCUUUACGGAGCUGGUUUGGCGGGCAUCAUGACGAUUCCACAGUUUGAAAGAGCCAUCGAAACGCGACAUGAUUUGGCUGAUAGGGGUCUGAUAUUUGUUGGAAACGAUCUGGCAUGGAUGUUUGCCCUAAUGCCUUCUCCUCAGGCCUACAUACAAAAAAUCGUGAGACACUUUAAAGUGGUAGACGACGAGUAUAUGAUACAGCACAGGAACAUCCAUGACGUGGGAUACAUCGGAGAGAGAACACAGUUUGGACACUUUGGACCCGUAGAUUACUUGGACGUGGAGUCGUCCAAGCACUUCCAACUCCUCAAGGAGGAUUUGUCCUACCAGUACUGUGUGGUGAUCCUUACCAAAACAUGCCCUUUCAAGCAGAGCUUCAACGACCUUAUGAUAACCAUUCGCCAAUCUGGUAUCCAAUACUUUUGGGAAACUUUGGUCGCCAACCGUUACCUCAGUGUAACAAUUCAACAAAAUCUACUGGGCAGUGGUCCCUCGGACAACGAUGCGGUGGUUCUUGGCGUGUCGCACUUUUUGGGUGCAUUUCUGAUUCUAAGUAUUGGAUGUUCGUUCGCUUCGAUAGUUUUCUGCUUGGAGUGUGUGUAUGUAAAGCUGAAGAAAUCUGGAAUCAAAAUAAAUUGGAUGAUGGGAUGGAAAAACGUGCUAUCAUUUCCGUUGUUUGGCAGUAAAUACAUCGAAAAGAAUAACGUUGUUAGUAACGGAAGAUCAUAAUAUGCAUUGUUAUAGACCGAUACAAAUAAUAUAUUUUUAUGUUAUACUGUCUAUUAACAAGUAAUUUA